AUGAUGUUUUCAACCAGUUGUUUUCUUCUUCAAAUUUGCUUGCUUAUUCAGCUUUUAGUCACGAAUGUUUUAGGAAAUCAAAUUGUUGGUGAUAUAUUGUACGUACGUGCUGGACUUGACUCCAGGAUUGUUGUCAGAGAAGUACGCGAGGGGAAUGUGCCUUUGGAUUUGAAAAUUGAUGACGUAGUCAAGAAGGACCAUUUUAACUUUAUAAUCAAUCUAGAUGCGGUAGAGUAUAUCCAAAAUCAAAACUUGGGUACUGAUGGUGCAAGUCAAGGAGACAAUGCUUUGAUCCAAUUGGCACAAAAGUAUAUCCCACCUGAAAGCUUGGCUUCAACAUCUAUUAUCGAGAGUAUUUUCACUGGAGUUGCCAACCUAAUUGGGCCAUACAUUGGCAGAACAUUCCAAUUUGUAUUCCAGAACUUCAUUUUUAAAUACAUCAAGUACGUCUACUUUUGGGUAUACCAAAUUUCAAAGUACACCAUUAAAAUCUCUGGAUUAUACCUUGAUAGCGUUGAUACCCCAGAAAAAUGUUUUUAUGGAUUGGAUUGGAUUGAAACACAAGCCCAUGGAAUAUACUUGGUUGGAUGGGAAACAUUCACCUUGAAUGAUAAUUGCCAAGAGACAAUCAGCUCCAAGUCCAUCGAAACUAUACUUUUACAAGCUCAUUCAUUUACUAAUGAGGACAGCCACUGUGAAUUUUACAGAAAUGAACCAAAUGCUGAUGCCGGAGAAUGGUAUGCUGACAUUCGUACGUUGUCAAGCACUUCAAGUGAGAAUAUAUGGGAUUUAAAGUGUCCCAAUUCACCAGCAGGCAACAAAAAGGAAUCAAUUUUGACUACCAUUUUGACAUUUCUUAAAACUGUCACUUAA